AAGUAAGAAGAAAGAAAUUCAAUGGAUAAUUUGUACGAUAAAGUGAAACAUGUUUAUAAGAAAUAGUAAUGGCAAAUCAACUUGCCUGUAACCUAGUAACGUUGAUUAUUAAAGCAUAUCAAUUACAAACAUAUUCAUUAUUAUUGCAAUAUAGUAUACAAUCAAAAAUAGGUUUAUUUAAUUUAUUAACGAUACAAGUGAUAAGAAAGUAUUCUUCUAAUACUCAUAAAUAUAAUGGGUUUUAUAAAAAAAAUAUGUAUAAUACUUCUGCACAUACAAAGCCUGAUCGAUCAUUAAUUAUUAAUUUAUCAAAUAUUCUUUCAAUCAAUAAGUAUGAAGCAUUAAAAAUCUGGAAAGGUAUUAUUAAAUGUAAAGUAUUAACAAAAGAAGAGAUAAUAAAUAUGAUUACUAUUGCAAAUAAUGCUGGUUUGUCAGUAUCUUCAAUUGUAGAAAACUUACCAAUACUGAUAGAAAACAUUAAUACUUUAGAAGAAAAAAUCGCUUGCAUCAAAAAUAUUGAUGAUGAUAUUUCUGAAAUGCUUUCAUUGCUAAACAUAAAUAAAAAAUAUUUAAGUGUAUUAAUGUUUAAUGAAGAGACAAUUGAAGGAAAGAAAAUAAAUAAAAUUAAAUAUCUUGCAGAUGAAUUACAUUGUAGUGUCCAUACAUUAUGUGAAUAUAUUGAAAAAGAACCCUCAGUAAUAACGCUUUCUAUUAGAAGAAUAAAAGAAGUUAUAAAAACAUUGAAAGAAUUUGAUUAUGAAUUAAAGGAUGUAUUAAUUGCUCUUUGGGUAUUUAAUUAUAAUGCAAGAACCAUACACAGAAGAUCAUCGAUGAUGAAAGCAGCAGGAAUGAAAAAAAUAAUGCCUUGGAUACUUCGAGGUUCUAUACGUGAAUUAAGCAACCAUAUAAAAACAUUAAAGAAAACAGAAAUGUUAGAGGAAAUUUAUGGUAAACAUGUGGAUUUCUUAAGUAAAAGAUUAAAUAUGACUGAAGAUGAAAUUAAAUUUUAUAUUAAUAGAGCACCAGAUUUGUUAGAUGUAUCGAUAAAUAAAUUAGAUAAAGUAAUAAAUAUACUGUAUGAAUAUGGAUAUAACAGUCAAGAUAUGUUGAUGUAUUAUCGUGUUUUCUUACUUAGAACAACAUUACUAGAAGAACGCCUUAAAAUAUUACAACAAUUACGGGGAAAACAUAGACUAUCAUUACUAUAUUGUAAUUCAAAGAUCUUCGAAACUGUAGUUAAAAGUACAUAUAAACCUAAUGCUAAAACAAUACCUGAUGAUAAAACCAUACCUGAUGAUACUGAUGAUAAAUAAAUCUAACAAGUAAAUUUAUAUAUUCAAAAUAUCUCUGUUACUAUAUUCAUUAUAUAUAAAAUAA